AUGCCCCCAUUCAACGCUCACAAAGUCGACGAAGACUUCUUUGUCAGCCUUUGUGGCACUGCAGACAUCCCAAGAAUCUGCGGCUAUGGUUACGGACACCAGCAGCCGGAGGAUCCAGUCAAGGCAUGGCUCCAGGACAACAUUCUCAUCGUCAUAAUUGGGACGAUGGUCAUAACUGCUACACUCUUCUAUGCAUAUGUAGUGUACAAAGGGCUCCGCGAGACGACUGACCUCGAAGCAGGUAUUCCUCUCCAGGAGAUGGUCCCCAAAACUGCGCCCGCGAGUUCCGCCGUUGUCGAUGCGCUUCCGUCGCAUACAGUGACUGAAGAGGAGGCAGAGGAACACGCUGAGUGUGUCAUCUGCUGCGAAGAGUUUGAGGUUGGAGAUGAGGUGAUCGUCCUUCCUUGUGGCCACAAGUUCCAGGCGGGCUGUAUCAAGCCUUGGCUACUUCAGAAAGGACUCUCCAAGUAA